CAAGGGUAGUGGGGCUUAGCAGUCAGGUCUUGGUGAGCAGCUUGUACUUUGUUGCAAGGGUUUGUAUUAUUUCCUUGACAAUGGCUGAAAGAAGAGAUAAAGCCACUGAUCAAAUGCAGUUGUGGAUGGAGGGUAGAGGAACGCAGGUGCCUUUGGUUAUUUUGAAGUGACGCAUGAUAUCACCAAAUACUGCAAGGCUAAAGUUUUUGAACAUGUUGGAAAAAGGACCCCAAUUGCUGUUCGUUUCUCCACUGUUGCUGGAGAGAGAGGUUCUGCUGACACUGUCCGUGAUCCACGAGGGUUUGCUGUGAAGUUCUACACUGAAGAAGGAAUCUGGGACUUGACAGGAAACAAUACUCCUAUUUUCUUUAUUCGAGAUGCCAUGCUGUUCCCAUCAUUUAUUCAUACUCAGAAGAGGAACCCACAGACUAAUUUAAAAGAUCCAGACAUGAUGUGGGAUUUCUGGACCCUUCGUCCUGAGUGUUUACAUCAGUUGAGCUUCAUGUUCAGUGACAGAGGAAUUCCUGAUGGACAUCGCCACAUGAAUGGAUAUGGGUCACACGCAUUUAAGCUGGUGAAUAGCAAAGAGGAGGCGAUAUACUGCAAAUUCCAUUAUAAGACUGACCAAGGUAUUAAAAAUCUGCCUGUAGAAGAAGCAGAGCAACUGUCAGCUACUGACCCAGAUUAUAGCCUCCGUGACCUUUAUAAUGCUAUUGCCAAUGGUAACUACCCUUCCUGGACAUUUUACAUCCAAGUCAUGACUUUUGAAGAAGCAGAGAAUUUUCCAUUUAACCCCUUUGAUGUAACCAAGGUCUGGCCACAUAACGAUUAUCCCCUUAUCCCAGUGGGUAAGCUGGUCCUUAACAGGAACCCAGUCAAUUAUUUUGCUGAGGUGGAACAGAUGGCAUUUGAUCCAAGCAACAUGCCAGCAGGGAUUGAACCUAGUCCUGACAAGAUGUUGCAGGGGCGCCUGUUUGCUUACCCAGAUACCCACAGACACCGGCUAGGAGCCAACUACCUACAGCUGCCUGUGAAUUGCCCCUACCGAACUCGUGUAGCCAACUAUGAGAGAGAUGGUCCGAUGUGCAUGUUUGAUAACCAGGGUGGGGCUCCAAAUUAUUACCCCAAUAGCUUCGGUGCUCCAGAGGACCAGCCCAAGUAUAUGGAGAGCCGCUUUAAGGUUUCAGCUGAUGUUGCUCGCUACAACAGUGCUGAUGACGAUAAUGUCACUCAGGUACGAGCAUUCUACACCAAGGUGCUGAAUGAAGAAGCGCGCAAGAGAUUGUGUGAAAACAUAGCCGGUCACCUUAAAGAUGCUCAGCUGUUCAUUCAGAAAAGAGCUGUUAAGAACUUUACUGAUGUGCAUCCUGAUUAUGGUGCUCGAGUUCAGGCACUGUUGGAUAAGUACAGUGCUGAAGCUGGCAAGAAGAAUGUUAGAAACUAUGAACCCCAUGCAUCUCAUGUGGCUGCCGAUAAAUCCAACUUGUAAGAUUGGUGUUUGGAAUAUAUCCUUCCGUCCGGAUGACAGUUCCCCCAUUAUGUGGCUUUAGGCAAAAGCUACAACUUUCUGUGGAUCUUCAGCAGUAUCAUUGCAGAGAUCAGAUUUAGUCUUUAAUAUGCUUUUAAUAGCACUAAAAGUAUGUUAGUAAUAUAUUUUUAUGAUCAUGUAAAAUUUUGCUUUCAUUUCAGUGCUUGCAGUUUGUUUAUGCUUCUUACAACUGUUUAGUUGAAGUUUGCUGGUUCCAUUAGCUUAUUUUUGACAUUAAGAACUUGCUGUUUAAAAAAAAAAAAACUACUAGAGAAGACUAGCAGUUGUUACUUAUUACUAUUAAUAUGUUUGUUAUAAAUAUGUCUAUACUUUGUUGCUGCUCAAGUGCAUAAAGUUUGAAGUGUUUGAGCUGUUGUACAUGUCAUGGAAGCACUGUGAUAUUGUUGCAUCACUGUUUGCUCAUGCAUUGUCCCUAUAAUUUAAACAUGCAAACAAAUAGGUAAAAAGGUCACAAAGACCAACUUUGUAUAAAAAAAACGUAGCCUGGCUAGAGGGGUUUGACUUUAGGGUUCCUAUUAGAAGACCAAAGACACAUUC